AUGCGAUUAAGAAUUCGUGUGAAAGUAAUUACUAUAAUGAAUUGUAUUCUAAUCCUGUAUCGUAAAACAAAGGUAACUAUAGACAAACUAGAGGCUCAAAAACAAUCAACAGGCUUCAGAUAUAUUUCUGACGGAUGGACGCCUGGAAUUAUAAUGUAUAAGGUAUGCAUGGAAAGGAGUUGUUCAAUAAGUGCUGUCUCACUUCCUUUUGAAAUUACAUUUUCACGACUAAAGUGUACCGAAUCAGCUCCAUGUUACACACCGUAUAUUUUUCAAAAGUAUUGCUGUCCAAAUAAAGGUUUAUCAGAUGUAAUAACAUUCGUGCAAAAUUUUCUCGAGGUAACACACGUAAAUAUUCCAGAAUCUUUGUUAUCCUUCAUUGAACAGCCUUUUGUUUAUGUAAUCAAAAUUCUGUGUCAAAAAGCUCAUUAUGGAUUACCCGGCAGUAGCCUUAUAAUGGUUAUGGUAUCAUUGCGUCAUAGUUAUAUGGUUGCAGAUGAGAAAUAA